ACUGACCACUUCGAACCAAACAAUGUUGCAACUAAGUGUUUUCCUCCUUUGUGCAAUUUGUGCAUCCGCUAUGGAUCUCAAAACAUUUCGUGAGGAACUUUUGGCUGAUGAAGAUUUUAUGGCUGCCAGAGAUUACUGUUUGGAACAGUUAGGGAUGAAGGUUGAUGAUCUCAAGCUUGCUGCAACCGGCGAUGAAGUUCCUGAAAAUUUGCUUUGCUUUGCUAAGUGUUUGCAAGAAAAACAAGGUUAUGUAGACGCUGAAGGUACGAUAGAUUUGGAUAAUAUGAAAGCCUUACCUGUUUUCUCGCACAUACCUGACGAUAAAAAAGAUGAUGUCAUGGCUUGUCUUGAAAACAUGGGGAAGAUCGAGACUUGUGCAGACAUACAGAAAGAACGAGAAUGUUUCCACAACAAUCUGAAUUAAGUUUGAAUGAAAUGUUUUAAGCAC